AUGACGGUUUGUUGUGAGUCGUGUGAAAGUCCAGGGAGCGGUGAGCGCUGCUCCUCUCCCCGGUCCGCUCAUCUCUUCACCCGGGAGACAGAAACCUUCCUGGGACUCAGCAAGAGAUUCAGGUUAGUGCAGCCUAACUGGCUCCAUCCAUGGUAGAGUCAAACUGCUAGAACCUGGACAUAACAUAGUAACAUACGUUUUAUAUGGUAUGUAUUAACUUGUGGAUGUCCAUCAUCCAGUUCGUAUGAUAUGUUUAUAAUUACAGUUCGUAUGAUAUGUUACGAAUUUGCAAUACUUAUAUGUUACAAAUUCCAAUUUGUUGUGGCUAAUGUUAGCUAGGUGGCUAAAGAAAUAAAAGCUGAAAUAAAUCAUUCUCUCUACUAUUAUUCUGAUAUUUCACAUUCUUAAAAUAAAGUGUUGAUCCUAACUGACCUAAAACAGGGAAUUUUUACUAGGAUUAAAUGUCAGGAAUUGUGAAAAACUGAGUUUAAAUGUAUUUGGCUAAGGUGCAUGUAAACUUCCGACUUCAACUGUAAUAUGACAUCUGAAAUGUCUUUAUUCCUUUGGAACUUUUGUGAGUAAUGUUUACUGUUCAUUUUUAUGUUUAUUUCACUUUUGUUUAUUAUCUAUUUCACUUGCUUUAGCAAUGUAAUCAUAUGUUUCCCAUGCCAAUAAAGCCCUUUGAAUUGAGAGAGAGAGAGAGGGAGACAGACGGACAGACGGACGGACGGACGUUCUUAGGUGGCUCUACGUUGUGUUAGUGUGGGACGUGUGCUGUUGUCCUGCGAGGAUGGCCUCUUAUAAGGAGCGAUAGAACAGCGAUGGAGAGAUGAUAGAGGAGUCCAGUCUCCUGCUGUUUGUCUGACGCCCACGCUCUCUAUAAACCAGGAGCCUCUGGUCACACAGAGCAGCUAGAGAGCCUCUUCUCCUCACAUAAAGCAACAAUUGUUUCCAUAGGAACCACAGAAGCUCUCACUCUAGCAAACUGCUAUCCAAUCCCAUCCAGUCGGUGGCACAGCUUGUCCUUUAGUAAGGCACAGUGAGAAGCCUGCAGUGCAGUGAGAAGCCUGCAGUGCAGUGAGAAGCCUGCAGUGCAGUGAGAAGCCUGCAGUGCAGUGAGAAGCCUGCAGUGCAGUGAGAAGCCUGCAGUGCAGUGAGAAGCCUGCAGUGCAGUGAGAAGCCUGCAGUGCAGUGAGAAGCCGGAGACUUUGAUUUAAAGCCAUUCUAAAUAGGUGUGCAUUUCUUUCGCCUUUAUAUUAAGAAGCCGGAAAGGAACACAUUUUCUCCGUUUUGACUUUGGAUUAUUUUUGCCAUUUAACAAAGAGCAGUUUUUCACUAGACUGAGAGAGACUAGGAAGAGUUUGCAUGUAGUAGGAUACCCUGAGCUCAGUUCUACCUCUGCCCUCUCUGGCCCGUCGUAUCCUGACCUGUGAACAUGGUGUUGCUACGCAGGUCCACUAAGGGGGCGUCUAAAGCCAGGAGGGACCAGAUCAACUCUGAGAUCAGGAACAUGAGAACUCUGCUCCCAAUCCCUCAGGAGGACCAGGACAGACUGUCAUACCUCCACAGUAUGGCGGUUAUCACAGCGUACAUCAGGAAGAGCUUUCUGUACCAGGGUGAGUACACAACCAGGAGAGGAACUUUCAUGUAUGGAACCAGUAGGACAUUUCCAACUUUAAGAAUGGAUGUAUUUGUAUUCAUUAGGGAUCCCCAUUAGCUGUUGCCAAGGGUCCAAACACAUUAAGGCACUUACAUUACAUAUAAAACAAAAUAUAAAACAGAACAUCAUAUAACAUUAUUACACCACUACAUAUCUACAAUACAAAAUGUGUAAUUCCACCAUACAACAAUAUUGCAAUGUAGGUGUGUGUAGAUUGCAUGUGCUAGCGUUUGUGUGCGUAUGAAAAAGUAUGAAAAUGUAUGCACUCACUAACUGUAUGUCGCUCUGGAUAAGAGCGUCUGCUAAAUGACUAAAAUGUAAAUGUAUGUGUAUGUCUGUACCUGUGUGUUUCUCUUCACAGUCCCUGCUGUGUAUUUGUAUCUGUUUUAAAAUCUGAUUCUACUGCUUGCAUCAGUUACCUGAUGUGGAAUAGAGUUCCAUGUAGUCAUGGCUCUAUGUAGUACUGUGCGCCUCCCAUAGUCUGUUCUGGACUUGGGGACUGUGAAGAGACCUCUGGUGCAUAUCUUGUGGGGUAUGCAGGGGUGUCUGAGCUGUGUGCUAGUUGUUUAAACAGACAGCUCGGUGCAUUCAACAUGUCAAUACCUCUCAUAAAUACAAGUAGUGAUGAAGUCAAUCUCUCCUCCACUUUGAGCCAGGAGAGAUUUACAUGCAUAUUAUUAAUGUUAUCUCUACGUGUACUUUUAAGGGCCAGCCGUGCUGCCCUGUUCUGAGCCAAUUGUAAUCUUCUGAGGUGCCUCUUUGUGGCAUCUGACCCCACUACUGAACAGUAGUCCAGGUGUGACAAAACUAGGGCCUGUAGGACCUGCCUUGUUGAUAGUGCUGUUAAGAAGGCAGAGCAGCACUUUAUUAUGUACAAACUUCUCCCCACCUUAGCUACUGUUGUAUCAACAUGUUUUGAUCAUGACAGUUUACAAUCCAGGGUUAUUCCAAGCAGUUUAGUCACCUCAACUUGCUCAAUUUCCACAUUAUUCAUUACAAUAUUUAGUUGAGGUUUAGGGCAUUCCCAAAGGCGUCUUAGAACUGUAUUUGAAAAUUCACAAAACGUCCUAGCCUGUCGAUUUACAAAUGUCUGUUUAACAGUGUAUCUUCCAAGGUCUUGUGAUGGAUCCAUACCUAUUGAGACGUGAUGUUGUGAUGGAUCCCUACCUGUUGAGACCUGUGAUGUUGUGAUGGAUCCCUACCUGUUGAGACCUGUGAUGUUGUGAUGGAUCCCUACCUGUUGAGACCUGUGAUGUUGUGAUGGAUCCCUACCUGUUGAGACCUGUGAUGUUGUGAUGGAUCCAUCCCUACCUGUUGAGACGUGAUGUUGUGAUGGAUCCUGUAGUGAUGGAUCCAUACCUGUUGAGACUGUUGAUGCUCCCGAGUGAGGUCCAUGCCUGAGAUCCGUGGUUCGAAUCCAGCUCUGUGUGAGGCCCUGCGACGGGAGACCCUGGUGUGGUCCAAUUGGAGACGUCGUCAGGUAGUGAUGGAAUCCGGCGGAGGAUUUUGAACUCAGUUGGUUAAGCAUGGUUGAGACCGGUGUGUUUCGGGUCCGUAGGGGAGCCAUAUGUUAAAAUAUUGUAUGACACUCAUAACUGUAAGUCGUCUGGGUAAGUACGUGCUGAUGACUAAUGAUGUAGUGAUGGAUCCAUACCUGUUGAGACGUGAUGUUGUGAUGGAUCCUGUAGUGAUGGAUCCAUACCUGUUGAGACGUGAUGUUUGUGAUGGAUCCUGUAGUGAUGGAUCCAUACCUGUUGAGACGUGAUGUUGUGAUGGAUCCUGUAGUGAUGGAUCCAUACCUGCUGAGACGUGAUGUUGUGUGAUGGAUCCUGUAGUGAUGGAUCCAUACCUGUUGAGACGUGAUGGAUCCUGUAGUGAUGGAUCCAUACCUGUUGAGACGUGAUGUUGUGAUGGAUCCUGUAGUGAUGGAUCCAUACCUGUUGAGACGUGAUGUUGUGAUGGAUCCUGUAGUGAUGGAUCCAUACCUGUUGAGACGUGAUGUUGUGAUGGAUCCUGUAGUGAUGGAUCCAUACCUGCUGAGACGUGAUGUUGUGUGAUGGAUCCAUACCUGUUGAGACGUGAUGGAUCCUGUAGUGAUGGAUCCAUACCUGUUGAGACGUGAUGUUGUGAUGGAUCCUGUAGUGAUGGAUCCAUACCUGUUGAGACGUGAUGUUGUGAUGGAUCCUGUAGUGAUGGAUCCAUACCUGUUGAGACGUGAUGUUGUGAUGGAUCCUGUAGUGAUGGAUCCAUACCUGCUGAGACGUGACGUUGUGAUGGAUCCUGUAGUGAUGGAUCCAUACCUGUUGAGACGUGAUGGAUCCUGUAGUGAUGGAUCCAUACUUGUUGAGACGUGAUGUUGUGAUGGAUCCUGUUGUGAUGGAUCCUGUAGUGAUGGAUCCAUACCUGCUGAGUUCUCUGUGAUGAAGCUAAUCCUGAGUUGUAUUUCCUCAUCUUCCAGGAUUAUCAGCUGAUCAGAGUUGUCUCUCCUCUUCCUCCUCCUAUCCUCUGUACGAGACCUUCCUCCCAGCCCUGCAUGGUUUCAUUCUGGUCCUCUCCUCCCAGGGCAGGCUGGUCUACGUCUCCGAGAACGUCUCUGAUUACCUGGGGCUCUCCAUGGUGAGAACCAACCUGAUGAAGACUGAGUCCAAAAUAUAUAGAAUUGUAUAGGAAAUAGAACAUUGUUAUUCUGUGGUUCUGUAAAAUCACAUCUGCUGUGUUACUGACUGCUGUGUCGGGCAUGAUGUUAGUCACUAAACUUCUCUCUGAUAGGUUGAUGUCCUUCAGGGAGACACCUUCUAUGACCUGGUAGAGAGUCAGGACGUAGAGACUGUUAGAUCUCACCUGGAGACAGACAGCACAACAUCAACUGGUAAGAGACUAUACUAUCUAAAGGAAAAUCAAAUCAACAGAUUAUUUAGGAGCUCACUGGAAAACAAAAUGGAUGACGAGACUGAUCUUGUGUUAUUGUUCUGUUCUCCCCUGCAGGGAGGAGUUUUGUGUGUCGGAUGCACACCUCCAAGGCCUUCAGACUAGAGUAUGGUAACUGCUGUUCUAUAAUGGUCCGAGGACGCUACCAGACCGUCCCACAAUCCCCCCAGUCCACCCCCACGUCGUCCCCAGCCCGUAGCCAAUCUGGCCCCCCUGUGGAGAGGGUGUUCUUGGCUCUUUGCACCCCCACAGUGAACCACCUGGGCAACAUCACCUCCUGCUCCUCCUCCUUCACCAGCCUCCACAGACCAGACAUGAGCUUCAGUCACCUGGACGACAGUGUUCUGUUAUACCUGGGCUACUCGUCGGAGGAGCUGAUUGGUCAAUCGUGGUACAGCCUCCUCCACCCUGAAGACCUCUCCUUGAGUGCCUACUCACAUAAGAGUCUGAGUAAGUAGAAAAACAUUAAAACUACUAUGAUACUAAAUUAUACCUGUUAUACUAUAUUCUAACAUGAAGAUAUUCACAAUGAAGAUCCCAAAUGGAAGCAUCUCACGUUGUUAUGUAUGAAGAGUAUUCUUCCUUAGUGUAAGAUGCUAGAUAAAUAUAGUGUCCAUGAUAUGAAUGGUUUCCUGUCCUCUUCUCUCCCAGUGCAGGCAGACGUGGGCAGUCAGAUGGAAAUGGUUCUGAGGCUCCAACACAGAAACCUCUCCUGGUCCUGGAUCUACACUAGAGCCACUAAGCAUUCUGGGAACGAGGAAGUGAGCUGCAGUAACCACAUUAUCAGGUACUAGACACUCUGAAUGCUUUCAUGAUUUUAACUGAGUCUUCAGAAUAUGUCUCUAUAUGUACAAUUUGAUUCUUGUUUUGUCUUGAAACAAGAAAAAUGAAAGAAUAAAAAUAUAUAUCUAGUAAUAAUUGUAGCUGCCUGUAUUGAGUAAAUUUGCUAUGCUCUGAGAGACUGGAGUAACUUCUAUUCUUUCUUCCUUCACAGUGAAACAGAAGCCAUGUAUCUGAGAAAGAAGAUCCACAGCGAUGCUUUCAGAGCCUCACCUCCUCAGCCCUACUGCCCCUCUCCCACCCCCCAGCCGACCCAGGGCUGUUGCCCCACCAGGGACUUGAAGAGACAGAGAGCAUGCAGCCAGUACAGUGGGAUAUCCGAGAGUGAGACCAGGUCUAAGACCAGCAGGAGACAGAGAGCAGAGUCUAAUGCUGUGUUCUACGUGACAUCAUGUAGCUCCUCCUCCCAGGCCUCACCUGUCGCCUUCUUCUCCACCCCUCCCUACAGCCCCACCUCCUCCCACUACAGCUCCUCCUCCAACUCCUCCCACUCUCCAACACAGCAGGACGACACCAGUUCUGACUCUCUGUUGGAUGUGUAUGGCUACACAGAGAACAUAACCUCCUACCACUGCCCUGAGGUAGGGACUGGGGUAGGGACUGGGAUAGGGACUGGGGUAGGGACUGGGGUAGGGACUGGGGUAGGGACUGAGGUAGGGACUGGGGUAGGGACUGAGGUAGGAACUGAGGUAGGGACUGAGGUAGGGACUGGGUCUUCCUGCCAGCUCUCCCCCUUUAGGUCCUUCCAGCCCGGCUCGGAGCAGUCCUUCCACCAGGGUGUCUUCAGCCAGACCGACGCCCUCUCUCCUCAGUCCUGCCCUUCUUCUCCCCAGUAUGAUUACCCAGCAUGCUCUGCUGAUGCCAGGUUGGUCCCUGACUGUCUGUCUGUAUCAAACUUGUUAGAGAGUUCAGCAGACUGCCCCAUCACCAUCCAUACUGAAGACUACAGCCUCUCAGUUCAGCCUCAAGAUGGCGCCACCAGUCCAUACCAGAGCCAACAGAUCCACCAUGUACCCCAGACUGUCUCUCCUCCUAUUGGAGGCCUGCUGACCCCUAACCCCUCCCCGACCUCCGACCUCUCCUUCCUCUACAAUGACAGAGACCAGGUAGAGAUCAGUAUCCUAGCCCAGCAGAUCUCCUCUCUGGCCUCCAGCUUCGACCUGUUCAACACCCUGAGCCCCAUCCAGACUCAGCCUCAGCCCAGCUCAGAGCCCCUUCCCUGGGCACAGCACCCAGGUCACUCCCCUGUCCCCCUCCACAUCAAGCCAGAGCUGGUCCUGGAUGAGGGAGUGUUUGAUAGUCUCCUGAAGGAUCUUAGCAUGGUUCCGGGACCUGGGAGUCUGUCUCACUGCUACCAACCUCAGGACCCCUCAACCCUGGCUCUGUCCUCUCUAGUGGACCCUCUACCCAUGGAGCAGUCCUCCCUCUCGCUCUCCCCCCCCCUGGAACACUCCUCCCUCUCUCUCUCCUUCCCCCUGGACCCAUUCCACCCAGCUAACAUGGAUCCCUUCUUUCUGAGGACAAGCUGUAAUAAUCAGACCUCUGAGUUGCAUCAACUCAACCACUAUCUGCCCCACAGUCUCCAUCAAGGUGAUUAUAACAUUAUACACAACUCAACCUCCAUCAGGGGGAUUAUAACAUUAUACACAACUCAACCUCCAUCAGGGGGGAUUAUAACAUUAUACACAACUCAACCUCCAUCAGGGGGAUUAUAACAUUAUACACAACUCAACCUCCAUCAGGGGGAUUAUAACGUUAUACACAACUCAACCUCCAUCAGGGGGAUUAUAACAUUAUACACAACUCAACCUCCAUCAGGGGGAUUAUAACAUUAUACACAACUCUACCUCCAUCAGGGGGAUUAUAA